AUGCGUGGAACUCUUGAAAUAAGACUAGCGGCAGCAUUGGAGAUGAAAAAGGAUGCUGAACAGGAAAAGAAAGAAAAAGAAGAGACUGCACUUAAGGCACUCGCUGAACAAGAAGCCAUCAUGGAGAAAGUAGUCCAAGAAUCAAAGCUUCUACAGCAAGAGGCAGAGGAAAACUCCAAGCUUCGAGAGUUUCUUAUGGAUCGUGGUCAGGUCGUUGAUUCCUUACAAGGAGAGAUUUCUGUCAUCUGUCAAGAUGUGAAGCUGUUGAAAGAGAAAUUUGACAACCGAGUGCCAUUAACAAAAUCAAUCUCCUCGAGCUCAUGCGGAUCAUCUAUUGGAAGCUUGGUGCUUGAGAAUUCUGCGGAGCCAUUAAAUGGAGUGCUUGAAACCUUAAGCAACAACAAGAGCGGAGAAGCAGCAGCGUCCUCUAUGAACGAAGAGAAGAAAGAUGAUUGUAGAGAGCUUCUUGAAGAUGGUUGGGACAUCUUUGACAAGGAUAUCGAAUUUUAG